ACAAAAUACCCUAAUUAUUAAGAGUAUCUAUGUGGGGUAUGUGAUGGUGGGACUAUAUAGUACUGCUGCCUCUGCCUGUCUUGUUUCAAGAUUGCCCGGUUGAAAGCGUUGCUUGCUUCCAUCUUCUCUAUUAUUUUAUCCCACUCCCCACACAUACACUUGCAUAUUUUGAGUGUAUUUUUCAUGUCAUUUAUAUUGUUAGAUUUGGACAUAUGAACCUGUUUUUUGGGUAAGUUUUGGUCCAUUUCAAGAAGUUCUUGAUCUCGAAUCCUUUUUUCUGAUACCAGGAGGCUUAAUUUGCCUAUAUGAAGCGAUUCUUGAUCUCCAAUCGGUUUGGGAUUCGUUGUCUGGAGUAAUGGUAAUGAGCAAUACAACGAAGCCGAGGAUGAGGUCUAUGUUCGAUUUGGCUUACGAUAGAGGUUGAAACUGUUGUCGAACUUGUCUUAGGAGUUUCUGAGUAAGUUUAUCUGCUGCUGCCUCUAGACAAAGAUAUAUAUAUAUAUAUAUAUAUGGAAGUUCAGAACAAGAAACAUAAGAGGAGUAGUUCCAUAUUGAAGAAACUUGAGAGCUAUCUAUCACUCUCCAGGCGGCUGAAUCAGUCAGCCCGGCCCACGCACAUGUUUGCAUCCAAGAACGUUAACAAGGCCAACGCCAAGCGCCAAGUGGCGCCAACAGGUUGUUUCUCGGUCUGCGUUGGCCCCGAGAAGCAGAGGUUCGUGAUCAAGACCGAAUUUGCAAACCACCCUUUGUUCAGGAUGCUGCUUGAGGAUGCUGAAUUGGAAUACGGAUUCCAAAACGAUGGCCCGAUAGUCCUCCCUUGUGAAGUCGAUCUCUUCUGCAAAGUCUUGGCUGAAAUGGAUUUAGGUAAGGACAUCGACAAUUAUCCUCCUUGUGGCUUCGCUUACGGCUCAUGUAGCCCCUUCAAUCCAGCACGGCGUUUGGGGAAAAGCAGCAUGGCUAAGGGCUGCACCUCAUACGGCCUUCUCACCCCACCGCAGUUGCUCAAGAUCAACAACUAUUGAGCGCGCUUUCAAGCAAGAAUUUACGAUCAUAUAUGUAUAUCGUUUGCUCGUAAAUUCAAGAUGUGUGCAAUUUGUUUUAGGUUAUUUGUAUAUGAUCGAGCAGCUCUAGUUGUAGCGUAGUCUAUGCAUCCUCUGAUUUAUGUGAUGUUAGCUCCAUUAUGAAGGUUUAUAUGCCCAACUUUUAGUUUCAAUGGUACAACAAUUCAAAUAAUUAAGCUGGUGUUGCAGUAAAAUUUCUCUUGUUCUAGUAAUGGUCAUGGCCUAGCAUUGGAUGAAGAGAGUUAACAAAUUAAACCAGAUCAAAGACAGCAUGAGGACAUAGUAUUCCUUGUAAUUAGUUUUU